AUGGGAAUUUCCUUUUCUUGCCCAUUUUCUGAGGAAUGUGAUUUGGAAAGUGGGUUAGAAUCAGUAACUGUAAAGUCGAUCAGUUUUGGAGAUGAUGAAGUAAAAACUCCAGUUAGAUCAGUUAGUUUCAACCGCGGUGAUGCAGAACCUUCGAUAAUGAGAGCCUUAGGUUCUGGAAAGAUGACAUUAGAAGCUUCUGUUAGCUUUAAAGGGGAUGAGUUAAAGAAAAUGGGUUUGCUUAAACAAAAGAGUAUUGUCAUUACAUCAGUUAGCUCCCUUUGCAAAGAAGUGGACAUUGGAUCAGUCAGCUCCAUUAGCAAAGAAAUGGACAUUCAAUCCCCGAGAUCGGAUAGUUUGGUGGGGAUGAUCCGACCCUUUCAAACAGAUUUCACCAACCCCAAACACAUGGCGGCAAUUAAGUUGCAGAAAGUGUACAAAAGCUUUCGGACCAGAAGAAAGCUAGCAGAUUGUGCAGUUCUAGUUGAGCAAAGCUGGUGGAAGCUAUUAGAUUUCGCUGAGCUCAAGCGCAGUUCUAUAUCAUUCUUUGAAAUUGAGAAACAUGAAACUGCCAUUUCGCGUUGGUCUAGAGCAAGGACCAGAGCUGCCAAGGUUGGAAAGGGUUUAUCAAAGAAUAGUAAAGCACAAAAACUUGCUUUGCAGCACUGGCUCGAAGCGAUUGACCCAAGGCACCGAUAUGGACACAACCUACACUUUUAUUACGUUAAGUGGCUUCAUUGCCAGAGUAGAGAACCAUUCUUCUACUGGCUAGAUAUAGGAGAAGGGAAGGAAGUGAAUCUUGAAAAAUGCCCUCGAUCAAAACUUCAACAGCAGUGUAUCAAGUAUCUUGGACCGAUGGAAAGAAUGGCCUAUGAAGUUGUCGUGGAGGAUGGAAGAUUAUUCUACAAGCAAUCAGGGGAGCUCCUCCAUACAUUUGGAGAAAACGAGGAUGCCAAAUGGAUUUUUGUUCUCAGUACUUCAAAAAUCUUAUAUGUUGGCAAGAAACAGAAGGGAACCUUUCAGCACUCCAGUUUUUUGGCUGGAGGAGCCACAUCUGCUGCUGGGAGAUUAGUUAUUGAGAAUGGUAUCAUCAAGGCAGUUUGGCCUCACAGUGGUCAUUAUAGACCAACAGAAGAGAAUUUCAGAGACUUUGUUUCAUUCCUUGAAGAGAACAAUGUGGAUCUCACUGAUGUUAAGAUGAGUCCAGUUGAUGAAGAAGAAGAUUCACUCAGCAAGAAAAGAAUCAGCGCUCAUCUGAGAAGCUACUCAGCUGAAGAGGAGUCCAUCCCAGAUUUAUGUGAUUUGAAAACUGAAAAUCCCAUUGUUCGAGACUCGAGUAGGGAGACUGAUUCAAUGGUGCAAGCUGUUGCAAUGGAAUCAAAGAUAUCAAGCCGGCUCCACAGGCUUAGCAGAAAUUUAUCUAAUCUAGAAAUACCAAAAAGUGAAAGUUUGCUUGAGAGUGGAACUGAAGCAGCUGCUUCAAUUUGCAACAGUUUCCCUGUGGAUUCUUCAGUAUCAACAGAAGUACAUCUACCAUCAGAACAGGAAUACAUGUUUCCAAAGCAGAAUUUGUUCGAUGAAGACCAUGAAGAGACUGAGGAAGAAACCAUUCCUGAAGAAUCGAUUCUCAAAAGGAUUAACUCACUCAAAGGAAUGAAAUCAUAUCAAUUGGGAAAGCAGUUAUCCUGCAAAUGGACAACAGGAGCUGGACCUCGCAUUGGUUGCGUGAGGGACUACCCUUCAGAGCUCCAGUUUCGAGCUCUAGAGCAUGUCAACUUGUCUCCAAGAAAGGCUAACCGUCCUAUAUCAUACUUCUCUCCCCGGAUCACUAAUGUAUCAAGUCCAACACUGCUGUCACCCACAACAUGUGGCGGGGAGGUGGCGGCAACCUUAAGUCCAGCCGCAUUUGAUAGAACAAGCUUGUUAUCCAGAAGCUUUAAGCCUGCUAGAACACAGUCUUCCCCAUUGUUUGUAGGAAGUAGACUAGUAGAGUAA